AUGCCAACGUCCGAUAUCUCUGGGGUAGCUUCCAAUGUCACUUCCUUAUCCACUGUGGAGGCCACAUCUACAUUUGAUUCGACAAGUCCAGGUAAUGGGGAUAAGGGAGUUUAUGGUUUAGUCAGGAUCGUUGACUCAUUAAUCAACGCUGUAAUCCAACAGUCAAAAGAAUCUAAUAAAGAAACGAGAAUGUUUUUCUCUUAUUGGAUGUCACCGUAUGCCUUGAUGUGCAUGAUUACAGCGGUCAUAAUGAACAGAAUCGUCAUUCUAGCUUCUACCAGGCAUCAGAGAAGAUUGCCGUUACUAUCAAAUGCAGUCUUGAGGGGAUUGGCGAUAUAUAUGUUGAUACGUGGUAGUUAUGGAUUAUUCCUAAGUUUGAGAUGCUAUGUAAAGCAUCCAAUCGUUGAUUUUAUAUUUGAGUCAUCGGGGGAGGACUUUAAGUUUGACGAAAACGAAUACCUUAAAAGCAAGUUCUUGUCUAUACCUUUUGGAACGAAGGUUUACCGUAGUGACGAAACCGUUGGUCCAACAACUUCGAUUCUAAGAAAUUUCCAUCUAUCAUUAUGCAUAAGUCAAAUUUUGGAUACAUUCACCUCUGUUGCAUCUGGCUUAAACCCAUCUGUUGAAACCGGCAUUACACUAUUUGAAUACUCCUUGGCAUUUCAAGAAGCCCAGUUUGAAUCCACUGUGUCUACCGAAUUACUUGUAUUUGCAAUGAUUGCAUUGGCCAAUCAGAUCAAUACACAUUUAUUGGGGAUGUUCAACUUACUGAAAUACAAAUUGGUCACGUCUUCAAUCAUUGGACUAUUUACUUUGGCAUACUAUACUUAUAAGAUAUUCACCAUAAAUAUAUUGAAGUUACCAUUUAGCAUAAUCGUUGGUUAUUUCCCACAUUUUUGCGUGUUGUCAAUUGUUUUACUUAGUGAAGGUAUAUAUUUGCUAUCGGGAUUGGCAAGGCUAUCAUUUGAAGACCUAGCUAUGUCUUCAUUAUUUGAAGAUUGGGAUUCCACGGAUAUACCAUUGUCUGAUGACUUUUACACUGCGUUGAUUCGUUUGGGGGAAUUUCUGAUCAAUUUGUCUGUUAAUUUUUAUUAUCUACAAGAGACGCCGAGUGUUUUGCUUCCAAGGAAUAACUAUAUCAGUGAGGAGUUGCUUUAUAUGAGAAAAAACUGUGGAUAUGGUGAAGAAACAGAGAAUAGUCCAGACAUUAAACAGCUUCAAAUCGGAUUAGCAACGAGACGGAAGAAAAGUUGGGCAAUUACCAACCGUAUCCAAAUGCUAAGUAAAAUUACUUUUAAUUUCUUUAGGCUUGUGCUUCUGAAAUUGAAAGGUGGCUCUAAAAGAAUUGUUCCCAAUGGGCAAUCGUUGGAAAAGAUUAGUGACAAUUACAAUUUAGUAGAAAGAAACGGAAAGUACUAUUUUGCCAAGAAGGAAGAUGAAACACGAAUCGAUGUUAACAGAAUUGAAGAAGAUGUGCUAGACAAGAUUUAUCCACAUUUACUAUUAAAUAUGAACUUAACAGAAAAUGACGAAUCUGAGGAUUAUCGUGAUGAUUUAGGGGGUGACUUUGAGAGGGGAGAAUACGAAAAAAAUCAUGGUGAAGAAGAAGAAGAAGAAGAAGAAGAAGAAGAAGAAGAAGAAGAAGAAGAAGAAGAAGAAGAAGAAGAAGACGAUGAUCAUUAUGAUCAUGAUGGUUAUGAUCAAGAUAACGACGACCACGAAAAUGAGGGACCGGCAAGACAGGAUAAGGUUUGUGAAAGAGAAGAAAUAAAUGAAGUAAUAAGUGACUUGAUUACGGUUGGCGAUUUGAAAGACAUUCUAAACCCUUCCCAGGAACUUCGGGUCUUAAGUUACCAUUUGAGAAAUCUGAACCUCCCGACAUCAAGGCUCACAAGAUCGCAUUUCAGAGAAUACUAUACUGAUGAAAUGAAACUACUAGAUAUACUAAUUGAAAAAAGGAAAUUAUCUUUACACGAUUUUCCCAACUCGCAAGAGCACUGUGAACCACUAACGCAUGAUGAACUUGGCACUUGUGUGAUUUGUCAUGAGAAUACACGUCAAAUCAUACUCUGGCCAUGCAAAUGUCUUGCAAUAUGUGAUUCUUGUAGAGUUUCUCUUCUUGUGAGAGAGUUUGCCACCUGCGUCUGCUGCCGCCGUCCUGUGGAAGGAUAUAGCAAGGUGUAUAUACCGUAG